AUAAAUCUUACACUAACCUAGGUGCCUACCUACACAACUGUGUGAUGUGGGGGGUUGGGGGUGUGGGUUGCAAGGCUGAUAGCGUAGGAAGAACAAAAAAAAAAAUCAUGACGAGAGAGAGAGAAAGGCGGAAAAAAAGGAAAACCAUACCUCGAGAACCACAUAUACUACCAACUACCUCCUUGCCAAUAGAAUACGCCAAAUCAGAAUAAACGAUAUAGCUUUACUCCGUAGAACAGUUGCAUCUCUCAGCUGUGGCGUUCCGUUAUAUUCAAUUGCCAGCGGCUAGGAGCUGCUUUCUGCUGCGCCGGUACAUCAACACGAUGGCUUCGACUCCAACCCCGACUCCAGCUUCAACAUCGCCCAAGCCCAAGCUACAUGGCCGUGCUUUCUACGAGAGCAUAGGAAGCCCACAGUUCAUCGUCGCCCCCAUGGUAGACCAGUCCGAGUUUGCCUGGCGAACGUUGACACGGUCUUUUCUCACGCCCCAGGAGAACGCGAAGCUGCUUGCCUACACUCCCAUGUUCCACGCUCGUCUUUUCGAAGAGACCCCCAAGUAUAGGGACGCCCACUUCCAGGCAACAAGACAGCCCGUCGGAACCGCAGAUGCCGAUCCGGCCAGCCCCUUCCUAGACGGAAACCCCAAGAUUGACCGCCCUCUAUUCGUCCAGUUCUGCGCCAACGACCCUGACCAUUUACUCCAUGCCGCGCAGAUGGUCGCACCUUAUUGUGACGCCGUCGACCUAAACCUAGGCUGCCCUCAGGGCAUAGCCCGCAAAGGCCAUUAUGGUGCGUUCUUGCAGGAGGACCAGGAGCUCAUCUACAAACUGAUUAAUAAUCUUCACCGAAACCUUUCUGUACCCGUAACCGCCAAGAUUCGUAUCCUAGACACUAAGGAAGACACCUUAGCCUACGCAAAGAACGUUUUGUCUGCAGGAGCCAGUAUUCUUACCGUCCAUGGACGAAGAAGAGAGCAGAAAGGACACCUGACGGGCGUAGCGGAUUGGGGCUAUAUCCGUUACCUUCGAGAAAACUUACCCAAGGAGACCGUCAUUUUCGCCAACGGGAAUAUCCUCCAGCAUGGUGACAUACAAAGAUGUCUCCAAGCUACGGGUGCUGAUGCUGUCAUGAGCGCAGAAGGAAAUCUUAGCGAUCCAUCCAUAUUUGCUGCGCCACCUCCAGUCGGACAAGAGGGGCGUGAGUACUGGCGAGGCCGCGAUGGCAAAGGCGGCUACAGGGUUGAUGCUGUCUUCAGGCGAUAUAUGGACAUUCUGCACAAAUAUGCACUAGAGCAGGAGCCUCCGAAAAGGAGGCCACUUUUUGUAGUAGGUGAUGAUGAUGCCUGCCUUCAAGAUACAGAAGCCCGGAAUAACAACCACGAGGAAGGCCCGGCGCGAAAAAAAUUGAAGCAGGAUGGCGCAAGUAAACGCUCGACAUCCCCCAACAUUGUCGCUGUCCGCCCUCAUCUCUUUCACCUCCUACGUCAUUUCAUAUCUAAGCAUACUGAUAUCCGCGAUACAUUGGCGAGAACGAAUCCUGGGGACAUAAAUGGCAUCGAGAAAGUCUUAAACAUGGUGGAAAGGCGCGUCGCCCAGGGAUUAAUAGAUUACGAAAGGACAGAUGGGAAGAGUCUAGACGAAGAGCCAGUUCUGAAAUCCAAACCUCAGGACAAGGGGCUACCCGAAGAGGAUAUUACUAAUGAUGAUAUAGACCCAGAAGAUGACCCAGAAAGCUCAGUAGCAACAGUCAGGGCUUGUAAGCGGCCUUGGUGGAUUACUCAACCCAUUAUUAGGCCGCUGCCGAAAGAGGCUCUGGCGAAGGGUAGUAUAAGGUUAUCAAAGAAGGACCAAAAAAGGCAAGCAAAAGAACAAGAGGCUGCUGCAUCAGUGGUGGAACCUCCUGUUAUAGAGUGUAUCGAUAGCAAGGGAGAAAGUCAUGGGCAGACCCAUACACUUGAAGACGAGUUACCGAUAUCUGAUGAAAAGGAUGGUGGUAUCAGGGAGCCGUCAAUCAAUCCCUUAGCGCCGGGGCUCACGAAAGACACGCUUGUUAGUGGGUAGCUGUAGACAGCACACAGAGUGUAGAUUAUAAAAAAAGUUAAAGAUA